GCGCGGCUGAUUGGCAGCGCUGGGUGAAUGAGCGCGCGUGGGGCCAGGGCAGCCAGGCGGCCGCAGCUCGGCGCUGCUGUGCCCACUGCGGGCCGGGUAGGGGGCGGGCGGCUGGGAGGAGGGCGAGGAAAGAGGGCGCGGAAGGCAGUGGAGAGGGCUGCGAGCCGGGAUCGCAGCCAGGAGGCGGCGCAGCGGGGAGGGAGCGGAGUGCCAGGCGCCCGGAGCCGGAGCCCGUCCGCCUGCUGCGAGCGCUGCGGGGCGCGGGCGGGGUGGGGUCCGCCGAGCUGCGGCCGCACCGCGAGCCCAGGGGAGUCAGGAUCCCAGCGUCCGGAGCAACGGAGAACAGGCUAGACCCUCCGAGCGCCUAGCUGGGGGUCGCCGAUGCAGGUCGCCCCUCCUGGUGACCCUCUUCUGGAGCGAGAGGAGCAGGACCCUGGCGCUAACAAGGUGCUGAAGAAGUGAGCCCCCUGUCCACCCAGAUUGCUGAGGCCAGGUGGGGCCAUGGCAGGGCGUGGCUGCCUGGGACUGGGGCUGUUCUGUUGGGUUCUGCUUGCUGUUCCUGUGGGCCCCCAGCCUGCUUCAUCUGUGCCAGAUGCCCCUCUCACUACUUUGACCCCACCACCUCAAAGUGAGGCCUCCAUGCUGUCUCUCAACCUGGGACUAAACUUCAAAUUCCAUCUUCGGGGACCUGCGGCUGUCUGGGGGAGCCCUGUCACAGAAACCCAGCCUCUCUCUCCUGAUCUAGGCCAGGAACCAGGGGAAGAGGUGGAAAGUGGUCUGAGGACUGACUCCUUUUGGGAACUACUGGUGGGCUCUCCUGGGAACUACCCCCCAGAGUGGGGCUCUGCUGAAGGUAGCUUUACACCCUGGGCCUCCUUCCUGCCUCCUGAGUCCACAUCCCCCAUCUCAGGGCUCACCAAGUGGCCCACUGCUCCAUCUCAGCCUAGGAUGGGCACUGUGACCUGGGCCACUGCUCUGACAGCUACAGCACCUCCAACCAGUGCUCCCAGGCCUCACCAGAGUGAGCUGGAGCUGAAGUUUGAUGUGGCACUGAGAGCAGGUGCAGCCCCCACACUUGGGCAUCGGUCCCUGCCCCUGCUGCCCAGUCUGCGGGCCAGCCUGGCAGAGAUUGCUGGGCGCCUGGGACCCUUUGGAUUCUUUGGUACUACUCUGUCCCCACUCCGGAACUUCUCAAGCCUGAGUUCCCCAGGCACAACAGCACCUUCAAGCUCUGCAGCUGAAGUAUCAGAUUCUCCAGGGCUCUUUGGUACCACUCUGUCCCCACCCCCACCUCUCCUGGAAAGGAAUCUCUCAAGCCCAAGCCUGUUGGACCCAGCAGCUUCCCUAAGCUCUGCCUCAACUGAGACACCAGUGCAAAAUGAUACCACUAUCCUCACCUCUGCUCCAGGUGAACCCUCUCCUGCCAGCCUUGGGAACCCUUCUGUGCCGCCCAAAUGUGAACCAGACUUUUGCAGCGACCCCGAGUUGCCUAAUAGUGAGGGGCAGCCUCCUGCCUCCCCUCUGCCUCUCUUUUUCUUGACCCUGGAAGCCAACUGGGCGGAGGCCAGGGCUCGCUGGGGCCUGGCCUGGGAGGCCCAUGUGUAUGGGGCAGGUGCACUCUUUGGUCUGGUGGCCCUGCUGGCUCUGUUGGCUCUGGCUCUCUUGCCCUGGCGCUGCCCACCCGGCGCCCCCUGCCUGGCGCUGCUAGAUCUGCUGCUGCUCUCGGCCGGGACCACGAGGGCCUUCCCGCUCCUCUACGACGCCUACGGACACCGCGAUCGGCUGCCUGAUCUCGCCUGGCUGCUGCUGCAGGACCUUCCGCUGCCCUGCCUGGCUGCGGGCUUGGGGCUGGCCUGCCUGCUGCUGGCCCGGCCACGCACACCGCGGUGCCCCGCCGGCUUGGCUGCGCUGCUGCUCUUGGGGCUGGGGCUGGCUGCAGCGGCCGCCCUGGGGAGCGCGGUGCACCGUCCGCUGCAGCCGCUGCGGCUUGCCUCGCGCGGGCUGCACGCCUUCCUCGCUGCCUUCCUGUCCGGGCUCCUGCUGGCACUCUCCUGCUGGGGAGGCAGGCGGCGGCGGGCCGGAGCUCCCCUGGGAGGGUCUGGCUUCAAGGGCUCCACGCCGGUUCCGCAAUCGCGCAGCCCUUUCGCCCUGAGGGAGUCCUGGAGGCGAGCAGCGCGCACCGCCCCGGUAGCCGGCACCUUCGGGCUGCUGAGCGGAGCCCUGCAGGGCUAUGAGGUGCUGCACGCCUUGGGCUAUGGCGGCCAGCCUGGCUUGGAGGGACCUUGGCCUUGGUGGGCCUUCCAGCUAGGCCUGCGUCUGGGCGAAGUGGGCGUUGCGCUCCCGCUGGCGCUGCUAGGCCUCUAUCCCACGCUCUGCAGCCCCCGGGUGCCGCGACGCUGCUGGGCCAAGCUCUUCCGAUGGUCGCCCGGACACGCUGCUCCGCUGCUCCCGGGAGGCUGGGUCCCCGGGCCCCCGGACAAGGAGCCCUUGGGUAGCGCCAUUGCGCGUGGAGAUGCAGAGCUGCUUCAGCUGUGCGCCCUAGCAGGGCCAGGCCCCGACCUCCUACUCCAAGGGGGCAGCUGCCGCGGCUGCGAAGGUGCGGUGGCCAACCCAGCCCAGUCUCCUGCCUCCUCCCCCGUUAGCGAUUGCACGGUGGAUUUCCGCCCGCCCUCACCCAUCAACCUGCGACGCAGCAUCGAAGAGGCCCUCUGCAGCGAGGCACUGCUGGCACCGGGCCUCUUUCAGGGCCCUGCCUUUGGGGAAGCUCUGCCUGGGCUCGGCCUCUACCGCACCAUCUCCCUAGGGACCAAGACAGGGGCUGGAGCCAGUGAGAGGUCUGAGAAAGUUCCUGGAUCCCCGGCGCCUAAUGAGCUCCCCUCUCCUGGGGCUUGGCCCCCAGUCAGCAGCGCCUCGUCUGGCUCGCUGUGUGGGUUGUCACGGGACAGCUCGUCCAUGCUGCUGUGUUCCAGCCCUGACAGGCCUCCCCGCUGUUCGCUGGUCUGCGUCCUCAGUCCCCCGCGGCCCUCAGGAAGCAGCCCCAGCCUCCCAGCAUCAGGAUCCUACCAGGCUCUAUCCCCAUCCUCUCGUGACUCCCUUGAACGUGCUUCUGAGCUGCAGGCUGAGGAGGCCUUGCUACAGGAGCAAUUCUUGGAUGCCUGUCGACAGAUUGACGAGCUGAGCGUGGGCAGCGACACCAUAGACCUGUGAAGAGGCUACCAUCUCACAGCCAAACCAUUUGUCCCUUUCUAGCGCCCACUCUGUCCAAGACCUGCACACUGUAAUCAUUGCCCAAUUCUGCCUGGUUCAGAUACUUCUCCCCACUUCCUUUCCAUCCAGGGGCCCCUGGGUGAGUGGGUGAGCAGCCAGGCUCUGUGGAUUGGGAAUCAGUGCCAACCUCUCUGGAGCCCUGUGUGUUGAUGCCCCCAGCUGCAAUUUAGACUGGCAGGGUCCCACUUUCCUUGGUCUUCACCAGCAAUAAAACUCCACAGGUGCUCCACUCCUGACCACCUUUCCGCUACUCUGGUGCUGAGAGGGGCUAUCCUCAGAACCCACUUCUGCCAUGUCCUUCAUUGGACCUUCCCUCAAAGAUGGGUCUAUGCCCCAUCCAAAAGACCUUACAACAGCUGGGUGGGAAGCAAGUGCUUUCAGAGUCAAUUUAUCAAUAAAAUAUUU